CGCGGUGGCAAUGAACGUCGAUAUGGCCUCGCCAAAGUUCGCUGAGGAAGUGAGCAGCUGCCGCUGGUGGCCAGCUGCCGGUUGAAGGGCAUUCUCCCAGGCGUUUGCAUCCGGGCGCCUGCUAACCCUGAACUUGCAUUGGAAAUCGAUACGGGUGGGUGGCCCAGUCGGCCCGGCAAUACUGUUCACCUGGCAAACUCCGUUGGGAGAACGAACACACAUUCCAGCAAUCCGACUCUCUAAAUUCCCAGAUUGGCCAGCGAACAGAAUCACAUUUACAUGGAUUUCCUUGAUCCUGAGCUCCACAGCUUCGAAGAGGUGCGUGCCCAAUUCGAGGAGUACAAAAAACAACACCAGCUGGAGCAGCAGGAGCUGCACAAAAGGCUGGAGUCCAAGUUCAACUUGGAUGGCGAUCUUAAGAAGCUCAACUCCGCCAUGGAAACCCUCCGGGCAGGGAUGCAGAAGCUCGAACUAGAGCAGCAGAGUCAGCUGUGCAAUAAAGAACUGGCGACCAGCGACGAGGCCAUCGAGUCUGCUCCAGCGGGCCAAGCGGACUCUUCUGCCCAGGACUGCUGUACCAAGCUGUCGCAACUAGUGAUCAAGUCCGGGGUGAGCAAGUGCCUCUUCGAAAACUGCCAGAGGCGCGUGGACAACCAGCUGCUCCUGCUGCACUACCUCUGCGACCACGACCACAAGGACGCCUCCUUUCAACGCUGCCAGCCGCUGGUGGAGGGUGAGCGGGCAGUGCUCUCCUUUCGGCCGCAGGGCUGCGAGUUCCGGGUGAACCAGGUGCUGGGACUCCUGGCCUACAGUGGCCUGCCGGAGCAGCGUUCCCCAGCGUCCCUUCGGCGCGGGGAGGUCUGUAACAGCGUUCUGCCACAGGAUCACUUCCAUCUGGAGGCCCACGUCCCGGUUGUGGUGCUCAUUUGCCGCACAGCGGCACCAGCGGCUCUGAGGAACACGGCUCUUCCGCGAAGGGGCCUGCCCUCCGAUCAGGUGUACGUCCUCUGGCUAGUCACUCCCAGCGAGCGGCUGCAGCUGAGCGCCACCCUCUCUCUGAGCGGCAGGGAUGCUGCUGUGCGGGCGAAAUGCGUGGUGGGGGUUCGGCAGGUCAGCUCCAGCCAGGACACGGACUGCUUCAUGGCUAUCGACGAAAACUACUGGCCGCUGUCUCACGCAGAGGUGACGAAGCUGUCUAACAACUUCCGCGACGAACUGCACCUCGAGGUGUCGCUCGCGGACCCAGGCUCCACCGGCACGGCAUUAACCGCCUUCAACUUACACUUGCGUUGUCCUGCAGAGCCUUGCACUUGAUCUGCUCCGCCGGGUCGGUCAGCUCCGCAAUGCGUUUGUCCAGCAACUGAGUAGAACAGGGUAAAAACGAAGUGACAGUAAAUUGCAUAAUGCCUGCAUUACGUGGCACUGUA